AUAAAAUAGAUAAUAAUCAUACAAUCUCUGAAUCCAUCGGAAGAAACAGCGGGCUCCUUCCUUCAAUUUCCAAUCUCCGGUUCUUCUUCCCAAAUCCGAUCAUCUCUUAGCGUCGAUCAUCUCGAAACCCUCAAUUCCGUGAACGAGGAGGAGGACGGCGUGCAGUUAAUUUAUCUCCGAGGAAUUUUGCUCAUGCCCAUUUCCUGACUGACCUGAGAGAAAGGCUAGGGUUUUUCGUCGGUCGUUGGUUGCUCCGGCGAUGGGGUUGAAGGGCGAGGCUGACCUCGCGGUAGAAGACGACGGCGGUGGGAAGUCCGCUGUCCCAUGCUCGAUUUGCCUCGAGGCUGUCACUGACAACGGUGAUCGGUCCUGGGCUAAGCUUCAAUGCGGUCACCAGUUUCACCUGGACUGCAUUGGUUCAGCAUUCAAUGUUAAGGGUGCGAUGCAGUGCCCUAACUGUCGGAAGGUUGAGAAAGGCCAAUGGCUUUUUGCAAAUGGUUGCCAUACAGUUCCUGAGUUUAGCAUGGACGAGUGGGCACAUGAUGAGGAUCUUUAUGAUUUAAGUUAUUCUGAAAUGUCCUUUGGUGUCCACUGGUGUCCAUUUAAUCAACUAGCAAGGCUUCCAUCAUCAUUUGAGGAGGGAGAUUUUCCAUCAGCUGCAUAUCACGAUGUUCUGGGUCAGCAUGCUGUCUUUGCUGAACACACAGCCAUAUCAUCUGCUGCUCACCCAUGCCCAUAUGUUGCCUAUUUCGGACCAAUGCAUCAUCCCUCCACAUCAAGCUCCAGUGGCAGUGUCACGGAUGCUAGUUUUAGUAACCCCUGGAAUGGUCCCAGCGCUGAAAUUGGUAACUUUGCUUAUCCCUCCAUGGACCAUCAUUUUCAUAGCUGGGACCACCACUCUCCUCCCUUCUCAGCUAGCAGUGGCCGUGUUGGUGGUGCCGCUGAUCAAGCUUCAGGCCCACCUACUGUUUCUAGAUCAAGUAGGAGCAAUGCAGAUCUGCCCAGAUCAGGAUCAUUCAUGCAUCCAUUCCUUGUUGGUCAGAGUCACAGUUCUGGAACAAGGUCUGGGAGCUCAGUAGCAUCAACCUUAAUCCCUCCUUAUCCGGGAAGUAACGCUCGGUCUCGGGACCGAGUCCAGGCCCUGCAAGCGUACUACCAACAGCAGCAACCUAAUGGUGGUCCAGCCAUUCACAGCCACACCGUUCCUGGUACAAGGCGAUCGAGUAGCCACAGAGGUAUGGCCCACGUAGGGUCAGUAGCAGCCUCAUCAUCAGAGCAAAGUAGUGGGCUGUACUUCAUCCCCACAAGUUCUUCAUCAGGCCGUAAUUUUCAAGAACCAGAGAUCCCAGCAUCAGUUCGGUUUCAUGCAUGGGAGAGAGAUCAUUUGCCUUCCAUGUCAUUGAGCCAAGUCGACAGGGAUCACCCAGGUUGGGCCGUCUUCCACCCACCUGCCCCUGGUGGAUCUGACCCCAGCUUAAGGACCAGCAGCUUCCGCCAAAGGCAUGGAUCUGAGAGGACUCCAUCACAUAAUCGGUCGUAGUCUCAGGCUUGGCUCAGUUCAGCAGCUCGGCUCAACUUUCUCAUCUCUCUGGUCAAAGCGAAAAAACUGAAUCUACUAUGACUGAUAAAGGAAAACAUGUACGCUAUGCAUGAGAAAAAAACAUAAUGCUGUGCAGUCCGAUCGGGUUUCCUGAACCUGGUUGGGGCUUUUCAAGAAAAGAAAGUGUAGAGUUGCCCGAAAAACGAUCUUUCUGGCAGCGACACGGUUGUGUGGACUUAAAAGAUGUUGCUUGAGUUGGUUUGUGGGUCUUUGGGGAGGGUUUCUGUUAGGUCUUUGUGUCCCCCGGUUAGUCAUGGAUCGAUGACAGAGAGAUUCUGAGUCGGUGGAAUUCCAGGGUUCACAGGGGCUGUGUCGAAUGUUUAAAAGGAAGUUCUUGAUUGAGCGAUUCGGAUUAUAAAGUUUAUACACAGCCCCUGACAAAGGCAAUGUCGUUUCACAUUUUAUUUCACGGGUCCUCUUGUGAAAAUUAAUCUUUGGAUCA